CCGUGUUUAAAUGGUUGUUUCAUUUUCUGCUGGUUUUUGAAUUAAACACAUUCUCAAGACAUUUAUUAGCACAUUUUCGCCAUAAAGAGACCCUGAAAUGAUUCCGAAAGGAGGCAAUUCCUUCUCACAACGCAUUGGAGGAAAGGGUCAGGGGUUCCUCCCCUUGGACCGUCUCCUCCGAUGCGUUUUGAGAAGGAAGCGAGGAACGGACAUGCGAAAAGUCAAGGAAGUACAAUUUGAGAUCCACCAUUCAGGAAAUUCUGUUUAAGCAAUCAGAGAUAAUGUCUCCAUCCAGUGGUCACAUUUGGUACUGUCUGAUGAUUUGUGACCCAUCUGCAUUUCUAUGGGUAUGUACAGUAUGAGAACAAUGUUCAUACAUUUCCCCUCUGCACCUCUAAGUAGAUCUCAGAGCUAACUCCUGACCUGAAAGAGAUGGAUGGAUGGGACAAACCUGUAGGGGCCAUGAUGUCCAAAGACAAUGGCAGCACCCCCACAUCACCUCUGGUCAACCGGUCCUGUGCGGACCUGAAGUGCUAUAUGGUUCUGUUCGAGGCGGAGAAGACAGCCAUCGGCUCCAUCUGUUUCCUGGCCGGACCCUUCACUUUCCUGGAGAAUGCUUUGGUCCUGGGUGUGAUCGCCGCCACAGCCUCCCUGCGCCAGCGCCCCUCCUACCUCUUCAUCGGCAGCCUGGCCCUGGCCGACGUCUUUGCCAGCUGCUUCUUCACCACCAGCUUCCUGGACUUCCACCUGUUCCACCGCCUUGAUGGCCCCAUCGCCUACCUCUUCAAGCUGGGCGGGGUGACGAUGGCUUUCACCGGCUCGGUGGGAAGUCUUCUGCUGACUGCUCUGGACCGCUAUCUGUGUAUACAUCAGGCGUCGAGUUAUAAAGUGGUGUUGACGCGCCGCAGGGCCCUGUUGGCUCUCCUUGCCCUGUGGAGCGCCACCAUCCUCAUCUCUUUCCUCCCUCUGAUGGGCUGGAGGUGCCCCACAGGGCUCAGCCCGCCAUGCUCGCGCCUCUUCCCAUACAUCGACCACCGCUACCUGGCCUGCUGGGUCAGCUUCAUCCUGGUGCUGCUGUCACUCAUCCUGAGCGCCUACGCCCUGAUCCUGUGGAGGGCCAAUCGGCAUGAGGCGUCCAUGACGGGCCUCCAGGGGGCGCCUACCGGUGGUCAGGCCCGCAUGCGGCUGGACAUCCGAUUGGCACGUACCCUGGGCCUGAUUCUACUCAUAAUGGUGGGCUGUUGGCUGCCGACCCUCUCCUUCAUGCUGGCAGACAUCUCGGUGCAGCUCACACACACCCAGCAGAGGGCCUUUGCUUUCUGCAGCACCAUGUGCCUGGUCAACUCAGCCGUCAACCCACUGCUGUAUGCCCUGCGCUGCCGGGAGCUGAGGGUGGCACUGAUGCGGCUGUUGGGGGGCCUGAGUGAGGGGCUGGGGUGCUGCCAGAGGCACGUAGGGGGAGACUCGACCACUACCCUUCCCUUAGGCGAGGGCAACAGCUGUAGCGCGCACUCCGAGAGUGAGGCGCCCAGACUCGUUAGCUGCCGACCGAACACAGUCUCAGAAAUGGUUGGCAAGCAGCAGCUGGACAUGACUGGAAAAUGAGAAGGGGUGAGAGGCUUACUGUAUAUCAGGGUUAUUGUAGUGGAGUGUUGUGAACUUGUGUUUCUUCUGUUGUGUUCAUAGCGAUGAGGAGGUAAUGUCUCUAAAUUGAACUGUGAUAACAGGGACUAAAACAAAGAUAUAGACCAUGUUACCAUAAAUUGUGUUGACCCACCUACAAGCCAAGUCACUACGAGAUAAUAUUAUUUUAUUAUUUGUCCAAGGGACAAAUGUUUUUUUUACAUGGUUUUUACAAACCAGUAGAAAUUAGGGGAAUUAUCCCAAAUUAACACCUUUGGGAAAACAACAGCAUUGUUAAUGUUGGCAGUGCAAAUGUAGAUAGCUUUGUGUAUCCUAUGCUUGUUUUAGCUUGAGUGUUUGUCCUUUAGCGUCCAGAAGAGGAUCCUGCCGUGUUCCCAUCUGCACAUAUACACCUGUCCUGAACAGAGGCCCUAUGGAUUGCAAACACUGUUCUCCACAUGUGACUGUGAGCAGUGUGGAGAUCAGAGGUGUAGGCAAGGCAGAGCCUGAGUGGGUCCACUCAGGAAAAAAAAAGAGGUCCACUCAGAUUUUGAUUUAUUAUUAUUUUUUUUAAAAUGUAAUGCUCUUUACUUGUCAGUGUUCCAAAUGGGAUAAUAUGUAUUUUACCUAAAUAUGCAAACAUAGCAAGCAGUGCACUGGGUUAGUCAGAUUUGAUUAAAUAUAACAAAACAGAUGACCUGGAAUGACAUCACUUGCCAAAAAGAACUAACUGAAAGCCAUACCCCCAAUGAGCAACGAAUAUGACUGCAUUGAGGCAUAUGUCACUGUGCUUCUAUGGCUAUAUGAACCAUGCCACUACCUAUUUCAUUUGUUCAUUUAGCAAACAAGACAGCUCAAAAUCCAGCGCCUUUAUCACAUUCUACACACCUAUAUUUUAGUUUGAAUUUAAAAUUAAAAAUCUUACAUUUUCUCUCAGCCUCAUGGCAAAAUGUGUAGAAUAGCAUUAGAUGAGCUAAAAAAACGGCACAUAAACCUCUAAACCCUAUGGCAAAAUGUGUAAAAUAAAAUUGGGGGCCCAGACAAAUUUCUACAGGCCCAACCAAUAACAUAUUUCUGGCUACGCCACUGGUCAAGAUGAGUGGGGCACAGUUUAGAAAGAUAGAGAGUCACACAACACAGAGACUAGAACACUCUUUUCUAUAGAACACUAUAAAUAGAAACUAUAGUUCACAAGUCAUUUUAGUAGAUCAAUCACAAAACAAUCAAACACAAAGGUAGAUGUUUUGUCUUGUUAUCAAAAUAACAUUUUAUUUGUCACAUGCUUCUUAAACAACAGGUGUAGACUAACAGUGAAAUGCUUACCCACGGGUCCUUUUCCAACAAUGCAGAGUUAAAGAUAAAAAUAGAAAUAGUGACAUGAGGAAUAAAUACACAGUGAAUAAUGAAUAACAAUAACAAGUUAAAACUCUAAGCCAAACUGCACUGCUGCUAAGACAAUUUGGUGUUUAUUUUGCAGCAUUUGAAACAAAGUGUUGUGUGUUUAUAG